AUGUCUUCGGGUCUCAACAUCGAAAACACCAACAUCAAGACUGCUCCUGGAGUUACUCUGGAGGAGCAGCAGAAGACUUUGGUCGGAAGCGUUCUUGAUCUUNUUGCUGGUCGCCCUAGUUUGGAGAAGCUUCAGCUUUGGAAGGNNGAUGAGGGUGUCUUCGAGGACCCCAUCACUAUCGCCGAGGGUCGCAAGCGGUACGAGGCACAAUGGGUGCNNUACGGUCUCCAGUCAGCGUUCAGCGAGAUUGAGAGACUUGACCACGAGGUCACUUCAUCCGGCAACCCUAUCAGCAUGAACAUGAAGACACGCUACAAGGUCAAGGGUAUCGGUAUGGAGCAGACCAUCUCUUCGGUCGUAAACAUCUUCCACGAGGGCGGCAAGAUCACAAAGGUCCAAGACAAGUGGAACGGCAAGCUUCCCGAUGGUGCCAUUGCAAAUGUGAGUACUGCGCAAUUGAUGAACCCGUUUUGGUGGACUUAUUAUACAUGGGCUUGGGCGUUUUACCUGUGGAGUUUUGUGUGGUGGACACGACCGUGGCUGGUGAGGACGGCUUCGUUUUGUCCAGCUUUGUGGUUCGUGCUGUUUUGCAGAGCUUUUGCUGACUAUGCUCCCUACAGGNCCUUCCGCAACCUCAACUCGGUCACAGUGCCCAAGAUCAUCUCGGUGCCCAAGAAUAAGGAGGAGGAUGCUGCAAGAGGCAACUAG